CGGCUCUCUUUCUCUUCUCUUCCACUGCUUCUCUGCUCUCUGUCGCUUUGGUGGGUCGUUACAUUUAUACCAAAGCUCGGGAAGCUCGUCUUCUCGUCGGCUCCCUCCCCUCCAUUCCAAAUUCCAAACAAUUUUUUCAGCUUGACAUUUCCGCAAACAUUUCGUCUGCACGGGUACAAAAACUCCAGCUCUACCAAGUUCACUCUCUCAAACCACUUCCCUUACCUUUUCUUGUCAUCUCUCGCUGCUGAUGCCUGAUUGCGGUAGAGAGACAGAGAGAGGAGUUGGCGUUUGGUCGAGAGCAUUAGUUGUGACUUGAUGGGCUGCUGCCAUUAAAUGCCUGCUGCAAGUGAAUUGGACUCGUGGCGGCCAAACGCAGCCUCGUCUACAACUACUGCUACUACAAAUCCGACCACCCAUUUCCUAUUUAUGGCGUCCACGAGUUCAACGCCCACGGACCCUUCCUCGUCGCUACCCGAGGAUGCGGCGGCGAAAGCCGCCAACAGAAGGUACGAAGGCUUGGUUGGGAUUCGGAACAAGGCGGUGAAGGGGAAAGGGGCGUGGUAUUGGGCUCAUUUGGAGCCGGUUUUGAUUAGAAACCCAGACACGAAUCUUCCAAGAGCAGUCAAGCUCAAGUGCUCACUCUGCGACUCCUUCUUCUCUGCUUCAAACCCUUCGAGGACCGCCUCCGAGCAUCUCAAGCGAGGCACUUGCCCGAAUUUCGCCUCGUUCCUGAGACCUAACCCCGCCGCGGGUUCGGUUUCGCCUCAGCCCAUUUCGUCUUUGCCUUCUCCUUCGUCAACGCACAAUCAUCGGAAGCGCCCCUCUCAUUUGGCGACUCCGCUGAAUUCCGUAUCUUUGGUGGACUCCAGUAGAUAUAGUGACGAUGUUGGUGGCUAUUCGAAUAUGGUGUUAAGCCAGCCGCCGCAGCAGCAGCAGCAGUUGGUUUUAUCCGGCGGAAAAGAUGAUUUGGGUCCGCUGGCAAUGUUGGAAGAUAGCGUUAAGAAGCUGAAAAGUCCCAAGUCGUCGUCUUUUCCUUCAUUGAGUAAAGACCAGAUGGAUUCCGCUCUUGAAUUGUUGACCAGCUGGUUCUACGAGGUUUGCGGGUCAGUUUCGUUUUCAAGCAUCGAGCAUCCAAAGUUUCGGGCUUUUCUCCGUCAAGUUGGCUUGCCCCUUUUGUCAAGGAAAGACUUGUGUGGGCCCAGGCUUGACGACAAGUUUCUGCAGGCCAAGACUGAAACGGAUGCUAGAAUUAAAGAUGCUAUGUUCUUUCAGGUUGCGUGCAAUGGGUGGAAGAGCAAAAGUUGCUGUAACGGGGAAGAAAACUGUGUGAAGUUUAGCAUCAAUCUCCCAAAUGGUACGACUUUGUAUCAGAAGACAUUUUUAAAUGGGGGAUCAGUUUCACCAAAGUAUGCUGAAGAGAUUAUGUGGGAAGCAGUGCAAGAAACGUGCGGCAGUGGGCUGCAGAGAUGCAUAGGAAUAGUUGCAGAUAGGUAUAAAGCCAAGGCAUUGAGGAAUUUGGAGAUUCAAUAUCCAUGGAUGGUGAAUCUCUCUUGUCAGGUUCAGGAGUUUGCCAGUCUGACCAAGGAUUUUGGCGAGGACCUCCAACUUUUCAGGUCUGUUACUGAAAACUGCUUGAAGGUUGCCAUUUUUGUAAACAAUCAAACUCAAGUUAGGAGUAGGUUUCAAAAGUACAGGAUGCAGGAACUUGAUUAUUCCGGGUUGCUUCGAGUUCCUUCAAGCAAGUCUGAUUGUCAGAAGGACUCCGUGGCUGUUUCUGUGAUGCUAGAGGACAUUCUAACCUGUGCCCGUGUUCUCCAGAUGGUUUUCUUAGAUGAAUCGUACAAGACAAUGUUUGUAGAGGAUGCUGUUGCUAGGGAAAUUGCUGGGAUGAUUCAAAGUGAACGGUUUUGGAAUGAAUUAGAGGCGGUUUAUUCACUGGUGAAGCUUGUCAGAGGGAUGGCUCAAGAGAUCGAGGCUGAAAGACCACUCGUGGGGCAAUGCCUCCCACUUUGGGAGGAAGUGAAAGUGAAACUGAAGGAUUGGUGUGCUAGAUUUGAUGUAACUUAUGGUCAAGUUGAAAUAAUAGUUGAAAAGAGAUUCAUGAAGAGCUACCACCCGGCAUGGUCUGCAGCAUUUAUACUUGAUCCAGUUUAUCUGAUGAAGGAUGCAAGUGGAAAGUACCUCCCUCCAUUCAAGUGCUUGACUCAUGAGCAGGAGAAGGAUGUUGAUAGGGUCAUUACCCGUCUGGUUUCCAGGGAAGAAGCUCAUGUUGCUUUAAUGGAGCUUAUGAAAUGGCGCUCAGAAGGGUUAGACCCACUUUAUGCCCAGGCUGUUCAGGUUAAGCAGCGAGACCCAUUGACAGGGAAGAUGAGACUUGCAAAUCCUCAGAGCAGCAGAUUAGUGUGGGAGACUUGCUUGAGCGAGUACAAGACAUUAGGCAAAGUUGCAGUCAGGCUAAUUUUCCUCCACGCUACAUCCUGUGGGUUAAAUUUAUCCUGCAUGAAAUGGUUCUCUGUCCAUGGAAACUCAAAGGUCUGCAUUGAAAAGGCUCAGAAGAUGAUGUUCAUUGCAGCUCAUGCGAAGCUUGAAAAAUGGGAUUUACAAGAUGAGGAAGAAAAGGACAGGGAGCUCUUCUGCUGUGAGGAUGCUAUGCUGAAUGAAGUCUUUGACGAUGCACCAUCAGUGGUCCCUAAACUGAAGGCUUCCAAGAGUAAUCAGUUUUGAUGGAUGGAACAGCAUCUAUGGAGCGGAGAAAUUGACCGUUUAGUCUUGAUACAAGUUGACCGCAAUUGCUAAACCUUUGUAUGUAAAAUGCCUUCUUGAGUCUUCCUCCAGAAAGAGAACAAGUCUACAGUUUUGAUGGAUGCCUACUUAACAAGACUACUAAUCUAAAGCUGGAAGACCUUUGGAAGGUUUUGCAUAACGUAUGAAUUGUUAGCUACUAGCAACAAUCACUGUCACACCAUUAAAUCCUGAAAUCCAAACAUUCUAGUGUCUAGUAUCCAUACUGCUGGUUAAUGGCGGCUUGGAAUGGGUGGAUGAUGAAUCAGCCUUGAGUGACCUGAACAACUGGGUCAACCUUGGAGGCACUCAGGAGUGAAUAUUUGUUUCUGAAGGAGCACACACCUCAUUGAUGUCAAAGAAAAGUCAGGGAUAAGGUCAAUUUGGUGGAGGCACGUUAUCUGUCGGCAAGGCCGACUGCUCACCAACUAGGAAGGAAAGCUAUUCACUCAUAUGGUCUUGAUGGUUUUUUGGAUCCAUAGACCGUCCAUGUUAGAUACGUGAAACAUGAUGAUAUUGAAAUUGGAAUUGGAAUUAUUCGUUCCUCGUGGCCCUUCUAUCGCAUUGUUUCAGCCCUUUUUUGCUGUAGCUGGCUUGCUAUUAUGAGAGGGACAUACAUCUUUAUAUCAAUUCAAAAGGACACCUUUUCUGGUGUAUUUGAAUUAUUUGGCUGGCCAGUACUCCACAAUUUGGUUCAGCAUUUUGACUUGAAGGGUUUAAAGGGUUAAACAAAAGCAAUUAUCAGGGUUGGUUGCUGCCAUAAUGGAGUCUACAACCAGAGUUGUGAUGAGACCCUGGAACGGAUCGACGGGCUUCUACUCUAGCAGUAUCUAUCACAGUAGUGCUAUCAUCUCAAGGUGUUCGGUUCGAGUCUCGUGAAGUCAUAAACUCCCUUCCGACGAAAAGAAUGAACUCAUAUGUUCGUAUUGACUGAUGCAGGGGCCAUCUAAGACAGCUACAGAUUUGGUUCACUGGAGAAGGUAGAGCCUGGAAAAUGAGGUAAAAAAAAAAAUCAAAUUAAAUGAUGAUGUUCUGUCAAUAUCAGGAAUUUCACGUAGCAGUGCUACCUAGAUGUACAAAACCAGACAGUAAAUUGCAGAAAGGUAGUUGAUUCAUGAGGAAAAAGCUUUCGUCCAGCCUUACAGAAUGAUGAUGUUGAUGAUAUGGCGGGGCAGAAACUCUGUAGCCAAACCAUCAUUGCUUUUGCUUAGACGAUUAACUUGCAAUUUCCGGGGGCUUCUUUUUUUCUACAGAGUCUAUUUUGAAGUCGAGGUUAUUUACUGUUUACUGCCCAAGCUGGUGUUAAAUCAUCGGCUGGAUAUACAAACAGAUCACAAAGUGCUUGUAUGUUUAUCGCACCAGUUGAGUUUGAAUGGAUUUUGCUAUUGUGGCUGGUUGCAAGGAGCGGUAUACGACCUGGUCGCGGAUUGUGUUUCAUUUUCGUAAAAAUUGAUAAGGA